UGCUGCUCGUUCUUUUGAGAGUGUGGGCCAUUGUGUUGUGCUUAAUUUAUUAACAGUUUAGACUUUGUUUUCUUUCUUGUUUAUAUCUGAAUGGUUUUAUUUAAAGUGACGGUUUAGAUGAGAAACAGAAGUCUCCAGAUCGACUAAAGAAAGAAACAAAAACAACUUUACGCCGAGAGAGAGAGAGAGGAGAGAGAAAGAGGAGAGAGAGAGAGAGAGAGAGAGAGGGAGUGAGAACGGAUCAGCCUCACUCAAAGGAAGUUUCUGAGAUGGAAGCAGCUCACAUCAGCCCAGAGCUUCCUGUUCGAUGGGUUGUUUCUGCCGACAGGACUGUUGAGAUCAAGGAGGAAGUGACUGAGCUGGGGUGUGACCAGGCCAAUGAGCGGAUCCUGCAGGAGGAAACGCCACCUUCUAGCAUCACUGAGAGAGGUAUUGGUAUGAAAUUGGUACGUCUUGGUAGAAGAGAAGAAUCAGAAAUGGCAUCUUCUCACAUUACAGUGGAGACCCCUGAACUGGAACCUGUCCACAUUAAACAGGAGAGUCCUGCACUAGAAUCAGUCCAUAUUAAAGUGGAGAGUCCUGAACUAGAAUCAGUCCAUAUUAAACAGGAGAGUCCUGUACUAGAAUCAGUCCAUAUUAAAGAGGAGAGUCCUGCACUAGAAUCAGUCCAUAUUAAAGAGGAGAGUCCUGCACUAGAAUCAGUCCAUAUUAAAGAGGAGAGUCCUGCACUAGAAUCAGUCCAUAUUAAAGAGGAGAGUCCUGUACUAGAAUCAGUCCAUAUUCAAGAGGAGAGCUCUUCUGUUUCUUCUGUUUCUGAUCCACUGCAUGCUUCAAAUGCUUUUCUUACCUAUGAUGACCCUGAUCCUGAAGCACCUACACCUCUGGCUUUUACACCAAAACGUCCCAUCGGCAUAGACUUAGGAAACACAAGUCAGGCUCUCCGAUCCUCCACAUCUAGAAUGACCCGCGAAAUCGAUUUUUUUUCGUUGUUUUUUACGCAGGCAGUAGUAGCUGAUAUUUGCGCGUUCACCAACGCUCGGGGUUGGGGGCUUGUCACAGACAAACGCUCACGUGGGAAUCGGCAGGGUGCUUGGGAUGAGGUAACACCGGAGGAAUUUCUGAAGUUUAUUGGCUUGAUUAUACACAUGGGGAUUGUGCGCCUUCCAGACCUCCAUAGGUACUGGAGUCCAGCUUCCCAUCAUCGCGGUUUGUGGGCUAAGGCUUUCAUGACUCGGGAUCGUUUCAAAUCAAUAAUGGCGGCCUUGCAUAUCGUCGACCCCGACGCUGGAAACAACGAGGACCGACUGCGAAAACUCCGUUACUUAUCAGAUCACCUCAAACGGACGUGCAAAAAACUGUAUCAGCCGAAUCUAAAUUUAACCGUGGAUGAACGCGUGGUAAAAUCAAAGGGUCGUUCAGGGUUUGGAAAAUAUAUGAAAGAUAAACCCACUAGAUGGGGAUUUAAACUGUGGGUUUUGGCGACUUCCGACACGGGUUACACAGUAGAUUUUUAUGUAUAUACUGGUGGUUGUGAUGGACGGGUUACAGACUUGGCAAAAAAAGUAGUUUUGGAGUUAGUGGAUCCAUUAGUCGGCCAGGGUUACAAUCUUUGGCUCAAUUACUUCUAUACGUCUCCUGCGUUAUUGUUAGAAUUAAACAGACUCGGCUUCAACGCGUGCGGCACGUGUAAUAUAAAACGGCGACAUUUUCCUGCGGUAAUGAAGGAUUUUCAAACCUGGGAGUGUAGAAGCAAGCGUGGGGACAUGCGAUGGCGCAGGAUAGAGGAGGGGAAUAUUUUAGCACUUCAGUGGAGAGACACCCGGACGGUAACGUGCCUCUCGUCUUUCCACAGCGCUAACCACUCCACCGAGGUUUCGAGGCUGUCUCGUAAGGAUAGAGUUUGGUCGAGACAGGUGGUGCGUCAGCCUGCCGCCAUUCAUGAUUACAGACAAUUUAUGGGCGGGGUCGACAAGCUUGACCGAAGAAUUGGCACGUACCACGUCUUAAUGAAAUCCACGAAGUGGUGGAAAACUCUCUUCUUCCACUUUUUGGACAUGGCGAUUUUGAAUAGUUUCCUGCUCUUCCAGGACUGGAAACGUCGUCACCCAGAAGCUGGAAAUUCAUCCCGAUUAGAAAAUUAUACACACCUUCAUUUUAGAGAGAACCUGUGUCGCCAGCUAGGCGGUAUAAAUAUAGAUGAUGAUGGCGUUCCCGUUUACAAACCGCCUGCCCCAACCUCCACACCCGUCUCGUCGUUCCACUCUCUCCACGUGCCGGAGCUGACGAGCUCGAAAAGGAAUUGCUGGCUUUGCUAUCGUAGAUUCAGAAAAGAGCACAAGACCCUGAUUGUGUGCAUGGCUCCAGACUGCAACACAAAGCCGCUUUGCUUUGUUAGAAAUCGGAACUGUUUUCAGAUUUGGCACUCCCCCAAAGGCGAUUGUUUCCGUUAAAACCAAAAAGAAAGUGGGUCUCCAUACGUGAACAGGGUGCUUGUUCAGUGUCAUCAUUUUGCGUGUUGCCUCACUCUUCAUUCACUGUUUAGGAGGAAUAGGAGGCUGUGUGGUCCAGUGGUUAACAAAAAGGGCUUGUAACCAGGAGGUCCCCGGUUCAAAUCCCACCUCAACUCAUUGUGUGACCCUGAGCAAGUCACUUCACCUCCUUGUGCUCCGUCUUUCGGGUGAGACGUAAUUGUAAGUGACUCUGCAGCUGAUGCAUAUUUCACACACCCUAGUCUCUGUAAGUCGCCUUGGAUAAAGGAGUCUGCUAAAUAAACUAAUAAAUAAAACUGUUUCUAUUGCAUCUUGUCAUGUUUUCUGAUUUCAUGUGGCCGAACAGUUUGCAUGUUUUCUCUUCAUCUUUCUGUAAUGACAAUUUACUGUCAGUAGUUUACUGAUCGUUAUCUUGUAUAAAAUGUUAAAUUCAUUAAAGAAAAAAUGUAGGUUAUAAAAUAUAAUUUUUUUGUAAUAAAAUGUUGUAUCCUGUGUAACAGGGGGAGGUCUCCUGUACUGUUAUCUGCCCCCUAUUUUACUGCAUCUAAUCCUGUACUUUAGAGUACUGUAAUCUGUCAAGUGUUGUUUAAUCUGUAGUAUUUUGUAAUUGUAUCCUGAUGUAACUAUCACUGACACUGUUAUCUGCUGUAUUAUUGAAUUGUAUUUUGUCACACUUGUACUUGCUAGAACCGUAGUCAUUGUAUUUAUCUUGCUCUUAAUUGUAUUAAUACUUGUACUGUGAUUCUUGAAAUGUAUUUUUGUUUACGACUGUAAGUCGCCCUGGAUAAGAAAUAAUAAAAAUAAUAAUUUGUUUAUUUUUAGAAAGGGGUCCCCCCCCCUCCGCCCCUGUGCAAUUUAUUGUUUGGUAUUUGUUUUAGGAUUUAUGUGUUUAUAUGAAGGUGUAGCCGUGCGUUUGCUCGUUAGUGUUUUGUUUUCUUUUAAAAUGUGUCCUGGCAGAGGCGCGGUUGUGGCAGAGGGGUAAUAGAAUAAUUACCAGCUAGUGAAACCCCUCGGCCACGGUAUAAAUAAAACCACGCAGCUCUGUGCACUCGUGGUGGGUGUACAGAGGAUAGCACGGGAGAGCGAGAGGAGAGAAAUGUAUUUAAACCAAAACGUCAGUUCAGUGAAGGCGCUCGCCCAGCCUGACCUGGGUUUUGUAAUUGUUUUUGUGUUUGUGAUUAUUUUGUUUAACUCUUGCCACAGCCUGAUUUUUAUUUAUUCUAGUUUUGAAUAUAAAUAAAUACAGCACAAUAUGGAUUUUUUUUCUCUCUCCCUCCCUCCCAAAUAAAAUUCUUAAUAUCAAAGUUUUAUUUGUAAUACGCUUUUUUUAAAUUAUUUGAUAACUUGUGUGGUUCAUUUGCGUCACUAGCAGUGGGCGUGCCUGGUUGGAGCCGUCGCGUAUUAUUGGAUGAAGAAACCCCUUUAAACCCAGCAUGCGAAUCUGAUUGGCUGAGCUUCGAGGCAAAGGCGGGAUCGCGAUGAGAAGAGGCGGGUAUGAAACUGGAUGCCGGAGUCCGCCAUGUUGGCUCCGACCGCGCUGUGUUUUUAUCACGAAAUGUCCUUCCGUGGAUCCGGAAUGGCGCCGGUUUCGUCUCUCUGGUUUGCGCUUCACGUGUUCAAUCAUUGGCUUUGUUUUUCCAAACUGCUGCUCGUUCUUUUGAGAGUGUGGGCCAUUGUGUUGUGCUUAAUUUAUUAACAGUUUAGACUUUGUUUUCUUUCUUGUUUACAUCUGAAUGGUUUUAUUUAAAGUGACGGUUUAGAUGAGAAACAGAAGUCUCCAGAUCGACUAAAGAAAGAAACAAAAACAACUUUACGCCGAGAGAGAGAGAGAGAGAGAGGGAGUGAGAACGGAUCAGCCUCACUCAAAGGAAGUUUCUGAGAUGGAAGCAGCUCACAUCAGCCCAGAGCUUCCUGUUCGAUGGGUUGUUUCUGCCGACAGGACUGUUGAGAUCAAGGAGGAAGUGACUGAGCUGGGGUGUGACCAGGCCAAUGAGCGGAUCCUGCAGGAGGAAACGCCACCUUCUAGCAUCACUGAGAGAGGUACUGGUAUGACACUGGUACGUCUUGGUAGAAGAGAAGAAUCAGAAAUGGCAUCUUCUCACAUUAAAGAGGAGACUCCUGAACUGGAACCUGUCCUCGCCAAAGAAGAAGUCACAGUGCUGGGACCUGUCCACCUUGAAGAGGAGAGUCCUGUAUUCGACCUUUUGCGGUCCUGUUUCGGAUCUGGUCCGACAUCGCAAAAAUCCCUUUCCAGUCCGUUGUCGGACCCUGUCCGACAUUGCCGAAAAAGGCAGAAAAAAACCAAGACAACUAAUUCCCUAAUCGUCUCUGAUCAGAGAGAAGGCGGAAACAACCAAAUAGACCAUUUACAAACUGAGGAAAGCCGAAUUGAACAGACAGAGACUGAGACGCACAGAGAAAAACUGGCACAGAGCAGGCAGAGAGAGUCACUGCAGCCUGAAGAACUUGCACAGAUGAUGGAUGAGGCAGAAAGUCCAGACGAAAGCGGUUUGGAUGAUGAUUUUGAUCAAUCCAGCGACGAGGAGGCAGUAAAUUUUUUGCUUAAUGAGGACUCUGAGGAAUCCGAGAAAUGUGACCACGAACCAGACACACAGCCGGAGGAGGGAUGGAAACAAGCACCUGUAAGCGCGGAUGCUUUCACAAAACUCCCAUUUACUGUGAGAAAUAAGGGAUUUCAAGGGAGUACGACUUUGAGAACCGAACUGGAGUUUUUUCAGCUUUUUUUCACAGACGCUCUCUGCACUGAAAUUGUAAAUGAAACCAACAGACAUGCGAGUGUAAAACUAACAGGACCGCGAUGUCACAACUCUAUUUGGAACUCCUGGAAACCUGUUACGUUACCUGAGAUGAAGGCGUUUUUUGGCGUCGUGCUGAACAUGGGACUGAACGUAAAAACGGACAUAAAAGAAUACUUCUCUGGGGAAUGGCCCGACAGAAUGCCGUUUUUCAAAGAUGUGUUCAAGAGAUCGCGUUUCUUGCAGAUAUUUUGGAUGCUGCACCUUUGCCCUCCCCCCACCCAGGUGCCUCAGACUGCUUUUGUUAGCAGAGGACAAAAGGUCAGGAAUGUGGUCAGCUACAUAGACUCAAAAUGCCGCGAGCUGUUUAUCCCAGGUAGAGACAUUUGCAUUGAUGAGAGCACCGUUGGCUUCAAAGGAAGAAUUAUCUUCAAGUGCUAUAAUCCUCAGAAGCCUACCAAGUGGGGGAUGCGUGUGUUUGUUUUAGCUGACUGUGAAACGGGUUAUGUCUCUGCUAUUGUUCCUUACUUUGGCAGCCCAACGACAGACUCCCUGCCAAGACCUGACAUGCAGUUUUCAUCAAGAAUUGUCCUUCACCUGUGUAAAACAUUGCUGCGGACAACAAACGGACACGGCUUUCAUUUGUUUACAGACAGAUUUUACACGGGGUACGACCUGGCCAUGGAGCUGCUCAAAAUAAAAAUCCACCUUACUGGAACAAUAAUGGCCAACAGAAGAGGAUUGCCAGCACCCGUGAAGCAAGGUCUCAAACUGAAAACAAACGAGCCAGUCUCAUUCAGCAAGGACAACAAGGUCAUGGUGCUGGGAUGGAAGGACAAACGGCUAGUGCUCAUGUUGAGCACCUUCCAUGGCAGUGACUGUGAGAAGGUACAACGCACCAUCAAGAGAGGAGCAAUUGAAGAGCUGGAGAAGCCUUCAGUGAUCUGUGAUUACACCAGCAAGAUGGGUGCAGUGGACCGGGCGGAUCACUACUGUGCCAGCUACGCUUUCUCUAGAAAGUCUCUGAAGUGGUGGAGGAAGAUGUUCUUUUGGCUACUGGAAGUAGCCAUUGUGAACAGUGCUAUCCUGUUCAAUUUGAUGAAGGUAGAAUCUGGACAGUUACCGGUCCGCCAUAAAACCUUCAGGAAAGCCUUACUGGUACAACUGGUGGGAAAUGUUCGCAACACUGGCUCGAGAAAACGCGGUCGUCCGUCAUCCGUAGACAGAGAAGACAGACUGAAUGGACAGCCACAUUUCCUCGCCAAAAAGGAAUCGAAGAGCACCAAAGACUGCACAGUGUGCAGUGACAGAAAGAAAAAAGGGGGGAGGAGAGAGACUGUGUGGUUCUGCAAAACCUGCUCAAGGAAGCCAGGGUUACACCCAGGUGACUGUUUUGAAAGGUUCCACACCAUGGACAAAUACAGAUGAUUUCUGUGUGUAAACUAUCAUCAUUGUAAAAGACAUCAGUCAUCAUCCAUGUAGCAAUGGAUCUGCACGUACACUUCCACACCCACUUCAAACUUGAUUGCUGAGGAUUCAAAAGUUCUCUGAAUGGAUAUGAAAGAUCUAUAAAGUUCAUAGAUUGCUUGGCUGGAAAAUGCUUGUGUAGCACAUUGUGUGUCUUCUUUCAAUGAUCUCAUGACCGUGGCCUCCCAUUUUAAUUUUUACUCCAUGUACCUUUAGGGGUUCCGUACAUUGCUACGGCACACAUACAUCACAUUUAUUUUCCAGCAUAACAAACACGUGUUUUAUUGUCCUUCAUAAACAAAAAUAAAAUUAAAAAAAGCCUAUGACAGUUGUAAAUAGUUUUAUA